AUGGCCCGCCGCAGCUGUGAAGCUAGGCACAUCAUUCACCGCAAUCCGUCUCAUUCCAUCUACAGUCGCAGCUCGAUUCCAGACGCCUUUCUCUUCAGGCCUGGCGGUGAGCUGAUGGCCCAAGUUCGAGAAGCUUCCUUACCCUCCGCCUCUUUGGUCUGCUGGAGCUCGGGAGGUGGGGGAGGAGCCUUGCCCGAGGAGGCAUCUGAGAAGGCGGGGGAGAUGGAGGAGGAGGCGGCGGUGGGGGCAAGGAAGGAUUGUGCAGGCCAGGAAGCUGAGAAGAUGAAGCUGGAGCCAUUACAAGAGCGUAAGCCCGCGCCUGAGGAAAACUUGACGUGGAGCAACAACUGCGGCGAUGAGAAGGUGCUCCCUUCAAAGCCCCCUCGCUGGUACAGCAGCUCCUCGUCCCUUUGCCCACGCCGCAAGCCCCGCCCUCGGCCCCGGCUCCGGGCCCGCUCCCGAGGCCCGCCCGGGCCUUCGGCCCCAACCCCGCCCCCUGCCCAUCCUCCUCCACUACCUCCAGGGCUUCGGCCCUGGCGCAGACCUCUGCGUAGAUCCCGGCAGGCUCCCAGGCCCCAGACGCGGCAAAGCUGUUUUGGUGACUUAGGCGGCUCUGGGGAUCGAGGUGGCUUUGGCGACUGGCUGCUGGAGGUGGAGUUUGAACAGGGUCCAGCAGGCUGCUGUCACGUGGAGAGCUUUAAAGUAGUGAAGAACUGGCAGAAGAACCUUCGGCUGAUCUACCAGCGUUUCGUCUGGAGUGGGACCCCAGAAACUAGGAAGCGUAAGGCAAAGUCGUGCAUCUGUCACGUAUGUAGUACCCAUAUGAACAGACUCCACUCUUGUCUCUCCUGUGUCUUUUUUGGCUGCUUUACUGAAAAACAUAUUCAUAAACAUGCAGAAACAAAACAGCACAAUUUAGCUGUAGACCUCUAUCAUGGGGUUAUAUAUUGCUUUAUGUGUAAGGAUUAUGUAUAUGACAAAGACAUAGAACAGAUUGCCAAAGAAACAAAAGAGAAAAUUUUGAAAUUAUUAAUUUCCACCUCAACAGAUGUUUCUCAACAACAAUGUAUGGAAUCAGGUGUUGAAGAGAAGCAAUCAACCUGUGAGUCAAAGGAACAGGAGCCAAAAUUGGUGAAGCCCAAGAAAAAGAGGAGAAAAAAGUCAGUCUAUACUGUAGGCCUGAGAGGGCUAAUCAAUCUUGGGAACACUUGCUUUAUGAAUUGUAUUGUCCAGGCACUUACCCAUAUUCCUCUACUGAAAGAUUUCUUUCUCUCUGACAAGCACAAAUGUAUAAUGACAAGCCCCAGCUUGUGUCUUGUUUGUGAAAUGUCUUCACUUUUUCAUGCAAUGUACUCUGGGAGCCGAACUCCUCACAUUCCCUAUAAGUUACUGCACCUGAUAUGGAUUCAUGCAGAACACUUAGCAGGGUACAGGCAGCAGGAUGCCCAUGAGUUCCUUAUUGCAAUAUUAGAUGUGCUGCAUAGACACAGCAAAGAUGAUAGUGUUGGGCAGGAAGCCAGUAACCCCAACUGCUGUAACUGCAUUAUAGACCAAAUUUUUACAGGUGGCUUGCAGUCAGAUGUCACAUGUCAAGCUUGCCACAGCGUCUCCACCACAAUAGAUCCAUGCUGGGACAUCAGUUUGGACUUACCUGGCUCUUGUGCCACAUUCAGUUCCCAGAGUCCAGAGAGGGCUGACAGCACAGUGAGUAAGAAUGACUAUAUACCAGGAAUCCCCUCACUCACAGACUGCUUGCAGUGGUUUACAAGGCCAGAACAUCUAGGAAGCAGUGCCAAAAUCAAAUGUAGUAGUUGCCAAAGCUACCAGGAAUCUACCAAACAGCUCACAAUGAAGAAAUUACCCAUUGUGGCCUGUUUUCAUCUAAAGCGGUUUGAACAUUUAGGCAAACAAAGACGAAAGAUUAAUACUUUUAUCUCCUUUCCCUUGGAGCUGGACAUGACUCCAUUUUUGGCCUCCACUAAAGAGAGCAGAAUGAAAGAUGGCCAACCACCAACAGAUUGUGUGCCCAAUGAGAAUAAGUAUUCCUUGUUUGCAGUGAUUAAUCAUCAUGGAACUUUGGAAAGUGGACACUAUACCAGCUUUAUCCGGCAACAAAAGGACCAGUGGUUCAGCUGUGAUGAUGCUGUCAUCACCAAGGCUACCAUCGAGGACUUACUCUACAGUGAAGGGUAUUUACUGUUCUAUCACAAACAGGGUCUAGAGAAAGACUAGUCUUACCAGACCACUUACCAGAACAAAGAAAAAGAAAUAAAUAGGCAAGGAUCCUGCAGUGAAACAAACCUGCCUACCUAUAUAACAAUGAGCACCUCUUCAAAUAUCACAAAAACCUCCUGAAAUGGACAAUGACAACAACACCUAUAUAACAGCACCUUGAUAUAAAGAACAUAUUUUACCAUGGCCUGUGGGAAAAAUGAAUACUAACUAGUGACCAUUCAGCCUUAAAUGGAGGAGGGAGGAACGGUCAAAAAUGGUCACAUAAACCAUAAUGAAAAUAAUGUUUUAGAUGGGGAGAUUGUGAAUAGACAUGUUCUGGCGCUACUAUAUGUCAUUUGUCCUACAAAAAUAUUGUGGGAAGUUG